CGAAACAUAGGAAGGCUAUCACCUGCCAGUAAAAAGCAUCGUUAUUUACACAAUUUAUUACCUAAAUAAGUUGCAAAAUGUCUGUCAAAAUAUUCUACGACUUGAUGUCGCAGCCUGCGAGGUCGGUGUUGAUGUUUGCGAGGGCAAACAAGAUCCCAUACACUCCAUGUCCAAUAGCCAUGCGAAAAAGUGAGCACCAAUCUGAGGAGUAUGCAGCCGUCAAUCCAAUGAAGAAGAUUCCGGCUAUGCAAGAUGGAGAGUUCAAACUCACAGAGAGUGUAUCCAUCACAAAGUAUCUUCAUGAAAAGUUUGACUGUGCGGAUCACUGGUUUCCCAAGAGCCUUCAGCAGAGGUCAAGGGUCAAUGAAUAUUUGGAUUGGCAGCAUUUCAAUACGAGACCUCGUAUGACUAAAGUAUUUCUCGCAGAAGUGAUCUUCCCCCGGAUGACGGGCACCCCUGCAGACCCUGCGGCCCUUGCACCAGACAUCCAGAGGAUAGAAGAGACCUUAGACAACUUAGAGAAACACUUUCUCAAGGACAAACCUUUCCUGUGCGGGGAUGAUAUCACCAUCGCAGACCUGUUUGGCGUGAACGAGGUUAUGCAGGUAGAACCCUGCGGCUAUGGCACAAUAGACAGAAGACCAAAGCUGAAGGCGUGGAUAGGGAGAGUGAGAGAGCGCGUACAACCAGAGAUCUUUGACGAUGUCUGCCAACUCAUCUACAAACUCGCCAAAGCAAAACAAAAGCUGUGAUCUGUUAUAAAAACUUAAAAAGUAGAAGAUACAAUCUCCAAGAUGAUUUCUAUCAAUGGUUUAUAAUCUAUCUGUCUUCCGUGAAUGUAUGAGUGCAGGUAUUUCACAGGUUGUGUUUUAUCUGAACGGUAGAAGUGGACAAUUUCAUGAAAGGGAAAAUUAUUAUUAUUGUUAUUGAGCUGGUUAUUGAUUUUUGUUGGAAGGACAAAAGUGGCCAGAUUUAUUCAAUUAAAAAUGGAUUUCAUUGCCAUCCGGUGGGUGAUAUGCCUAUUGAUUUUAUUUUAAAUGAUGGUAGACUUGUAGUCUUGUCAUUAAACAGUUUUGGUUUCCAUUUUGUGGGCUGGAUUUUCUUACAUACAUGCAGUUUGCUUCUGCUAACAGUAUUAGCUUGUAAUUUCCAAACUUUGUGGUCCUUUAUAUUUCAUAUUUUAUUUGACAAAUAGAUAACAAUGACCAGAAUACUAUCUUUCAUUUUUUCUCAUUGAAAAUUUGGAGUUUCAAAUCUUCGGUAAUUUGUUAGAUGAAUACAAGAUCAUAUGCUGCAGUGAAUUGAGAGAGGUUUGACUGAAAUUUAAUUUACUGAUUUUUUUAUGAUGUCGAGAGUAAGCAUAAACAGUGUGCUCUAGUUAUCUAUAAAACAAAUUUGUAUA